UACAUUGUUAUCUCUAACUGCCACGUAAUUGAUGAAAUAACCACUGAUUAUACAAACAGAUACUCUAUGUUGAAUACCUAUGUAAUAACCUUCAUGGUUAAUAUCUUAAUUCUGUUCAUCUGUUUUGUCUCUACAGGUCUAGUUUGUAUGAAGUCAAGCACCUCAGUUGUGGAGCUCGUCAUGCUGCUUUGUUCUCAGGAAUGGCAGAACUCCAUUCAGAAGAAUGCUGGCCUGGCCUUUAUUGAGCUAAUCAACGAAGGAAGGUUACUCUGCCACGCCAUGAAGGACCACAUAGUUCGAGUUGCAAAUGAGGCCGAGUUCAUCCUGAACAGACAGCGAGCAGAGGACGUCCACAAACACGCAGAGUUUGAGUCCAACUGUGCCCAGUAUGCCGCUGACAGAAAGGAAGAAGAAAAGAUGUGUGACCACCUGAUCAGCGCUGCUAAACACAGGGACCAUGUGACAGCCAACCAGUUAAAGCAGAAAAUAGUCAACAUCCUCACCAACAAGCAUGGUGCCUGGGGGACACUGGCCCAGAGUCAGCUGCACGACUUCUGGCGGCUCGACUACUGGGAAGAUGACCUGCGGCGGAGGCGGAGAUUUGUCAGGAACCCAUUUGGCUCCACCCACUUAGAUGUUACGUGCAAGUCCCUGCAGGAGUAUGGCACAGAGGAGGACGAGGUGGUCAAGUCUAAGAAAGUCUUCCGCAGCCAAACUGUGGCCAGCCAGAACCCUGAGACAGAGCUGAUGCUGGAGGGAGAUGAAGAUGCCGUCAGCCUGCUGCAGGAGAAGGAGAUGGACAACCUGGGUGGCCCAGUGGUCCUGAGCAGCCCGGCCCAGCUUGUUGCCCCCGUCCUGGUGGCCCGGGGGACUCUGUCCAUCACCACCACCGAAAUCUACUUCGAGGUGGACGAGGACGACCCUGCCUUCAAAAGGGUCAACUCAAAGGUCUUAGCAUACACUGAGGGUUUACAUGGGAAGUGGAUGUUCAGCGAGAUUCGGGCAGUAUUUUCUAGACGCUACCUCCUGCAGAACACAGCCAUGGAGGUCUUUAUGGCCAAUAGAACAUCAGUCAUGUUCAACUUUCCUGAUCAAGCCACAGUGAAGAAAGUGGUCUACAGUCUUCCUCGAGUGGGAGUGGGCACCAGCUAUGGGCUUCCACAAGCCAGGCGCAUCUCCCUGGCCACCCCUCGGCAGCUUUUCAAAUCCUCCAACAUGACCCAGCGCUGGCAGAGGAGAGAGAUCUCCAACUUUGAGUACCUCAUGUUUCUCAACACUAUCGCAGGGAGGACAUACAAUGACCUGAACCAGUACCCAGUCUUUCCCUGGGUCCUCACCAACUACGACUCAGAGGAGCUGGACCUGACCUUGCCAGGGAACUUCAGGGAUCUCUCAAAGCCUGUUGGUGCUCUGAAUCCAAAGCGCGCAGCAUUCUACGCUGAACGCUAUGAGACUUGGGAAGAUGACCAGACGCCACCAUGUCAUUACAACUCCCACUACUCCACAGCUGCCUCCACUCUGCACUGGCUUGUCAGAAUAGAGCCCUUCACCACAUUCCUUCUUAGUGCCAAUAACAACAAAUUCGACCACCCUGACCGCACCUUUUCAGCCAUUGCCCGCUCCUGGAGAAACUGUCAGAGGGACACCUCUGAUGUAAAGGAGCUGAUUCCUGAGUUCUACUACCUCCCAGAGAUGUUUGUCAACAGCAACGAUUACCAUCUGGGAAUGAGGGAGGACAGGACCAUGGUUUGUGAUGUGGACUUGCCAGCCUGGGCCAAGAAGCCUGAAGACCUUGUUAGGAUCAACAGGAUGGCCCUGGAAAGCGAGUUUGUGUCAUGUCAGCUGCAUCAGUGGAUUGACCUUAUUUUCGGCUACAAGCAGCGAGGCCCCGAGGCGGUGCGUGCCCUCAACGUCUUUCACUACCUGACUUACGAGGGCUCCGUCAAGCUGGACAGUAUCACUGACCCUUCGCUCAGAGAGGCCACAGAGGCACAGAUCCAGAGCUUUGGACAGACGCCAUCUCAGUUGCUUAUUGAGCCACAUCCUCCACGCAGCUCCGCCAUGCACCUGUGUUUCCUUCCACAGAGUCCUCUCAUGUUCAAGGAUCAGAUGCAGCAGGAUGUCAUCAUGGUGUUGAAGUUUCCAUCCAAUUCACCAGUAACACAUGUGGCCGCCAACACCCUGCCCCAUCUUACCAUACCUGCUGUGGUCACCGUCACCUGCAGCCGCGUAUUUGCCGUCAACCGAUGGCACAACACUGUUGGUCUCCGAGGAGCACCAGGCUACUCUCUUGAGCAGGCCCAUCACCUGCCUAUUGAGAUGGAUUCUCUGGUUGCCAACAAUACUGGUAGCAACAAGCGUCAGAUCACAGACCUAGUGGACCAGAGCAUCCAAAUCACCACGCACUGUUUCGUGGUGACAGCUGACAACCGCUACAUACUGGUGUGUGGCUUCUGGGACAAGAGCUUUCGUGUGUACUCCUCCGAGACAGGCAAGCUGACCCAGAUAGUUUUUGGCCACUGGGAUGUGGUGACAUGUCUGGCCAGAUCAGAGUCUUACAUUGGAGGGGACUGCUACAUCGUCUCUGGGUCCAGGGAUGCUACACUUCUGCUGUGGUAUUGGAGUGGACGACACCAUAUUAUCGGCGACAACCCCAAUAACAGUGACUACCCAGCACCACGAGCCGUUUUGACGGGUCAUGAUCAGGAAGUUGUGUGUGUGUCAGUCUGUGCUGAGCUGGGACUGGUCAUCAGCGGAGCCAAAGAGGGUCCAUGUCUGGUCCACACCAUCACAGGCGACCUGCUGCGGGCUCUGGAGGGGCCAGACCACUAUCAGUGCCCACGGCUCAUCUCAGUGUCCAGUGAGGGCCACUGCAUUAUCUACUACGAGAGGGGCCGCUUCUGCAACUUCAGCAUUAAUGGAAAACUGCUGGCACAGAUGGAGGUCAAUGAUUCCAGCAGGGCCAUUCUCCUGAGCAGUGAUGGCCACAACCUGGUCACAGGUGGAGAUAAUGGUGUGGUGGAGGUGUGGCAGGCCUGCGACUUCAAACAGCUCUACGUCUACCCUGGCUGUGAUGCUGGCAUCCGAGCAAUGGACCUGUCACACGAUCAAAGGACUUUGAUCACGGGCAUGGCCUCUGGCAGUAUUGUGGCAUUUAACAUCGAUUUCAACCGGUGGCACUACGAACAUCAAAACAGGUACUGAGGAGAGACAGAUCAACGUAGCAGGAGGCAAGUGUGCAGGGUUAAGAGAAACACCUACCAACCAGUGACCCAGCUGUGCUGUAGAAGAUCCACAGGGCAUGGAGUAGAUCCAGUGGGCUGGAGAACAUCAGCAUGGUGACACUAAUAAAGAAUGAGGUGUGCUUACAUGUGUUCAUCUGGACUCUAAGGCAAACGUGUUGCUAUGUGUGCGCUGCUGAACAAUGAAUGCAUUUUCUGUCGGUUUUUUUAAGUCUUACCCAAGCACCAGCUGAUGCAUUCCCCGACUGAGUCAAGCAGGUCUGUUGUUCUGGGCAAGGACAGACUGAGAUCAACUUAAGUUAAAACAAUUCUACAGUUAAUAAAACAUACUUAAUGUUAGCUUUUGAGUUCCUGUUUCAAACUGUGAAAAUGCAAAACAAAACUGAAUCCUCUGUUAGGAACAUUUAUACAACAUUUGUAUGGCAGAUACAUAUCUCACUUGGAACACUUUUCUAGAAAAAGUUAAGCUGUACUGUAAAUAUGGACAAUGUAAAGUGUUUCUUCCCUGUAAAGGCUGAGAUUAAAGAUCUAAAUGCUGUUAGACUAGCCACCAUGUUACCAACAUUUCCAUCAUGCAAGCCAUGUAUAAAUGUUCAAAAUGUCUUCACUGGACUUCAGAUAUUAGUUGGUUAGUAAUACAUGUAUACGACCAUUGUUUGCUCAUUGUUAUUGACAGUGGUCAAAUGUAUGUGUAUGUGAAAAGACAAAAUGUUCAUUGUUAAUUUGUUGUGUUUAAUUGUCUAUAUGGAAGAAAAGUGAAAUUCAGUGUGAGCUUAGUCCUUCGUGAAAAUAUUUGUUUUUGAUCAUGAUGUCAGCAGAAAGGAUAAUAAAUUGUGAUAUUUCCAUAUUUACUUUAAAUUGACAACUAUUUUGUUUAUUAAAAGCAAUGAAUUUAAAUUAUUUAUUGUAAGAUCUUAAAAUCAAGUGGGGCAUUUGAAACAACGGUUAUCGAUUUUAUUUGUUUUUAUGGUUUUGACUUCUUUCAUCAACAUAUCCAAAGGAUUAGAUGUCAGAUUUGUUGGGUAGUAUCUCAUGACUGUUAAGGUGUUCCUGGUAAAGGCGUAAGACAUAACAGACUUGUGCAUCUCAGUUUUUCAGUUUGCAUACCCUUGCAAAUAUGUUUGCUUGUCCAUUUUAAAUCUGUGUAUUCAUGAACACCAGUCCAAGCUGCAACACUAUCCAUUGGUAAGCAAUAUUAUGACUUGGUCGCUGAAAAGGUCUAACACAGCUGUGUGACAAAAAAUAAUAUAAUGUCAACCAAGAUAGCGCUCCAAAAAUGACUGUAGUCUAUUUUUGGUGAUAUGAGAGCUAUAGUGCCCGCAUUUAAUUGCAGAAAAUGAGAUGUCUGUUGCUGUGAGCUGACAAUUUAAAAUGAACAAAAAUAUGCAAAUAGAUUGAGGUUGCAUUCUGAUUUUCUGGUGGUGCUACAAGACACCACCCUACCCAAAGCUAAUGUUUUGCAUGCUAAGAGCUACUGAGGGCAUUAGGUUUACUUUGCUUUCCUGUGAAAUCACUUUCAUUAUUGUGAAUUUAAAUUUGACACAAAAAAUCAUUUUGUUAAUAUGUCGGAAUUAAGCAGUGCAUUUUGAUUUCAUGCAGUAUAUUUGAAGAUAUGUUAUGAUUUAUAUAUUUUAGUUAUAUCGGCAGUUGUUUCUGCAUACGUUUUGGGAAGAGGCAGGAUAUGUUUGGAAGGUUAUGUGAUUAUAUUAAAAUUAAUAACUGUAAAUUCAGCUGCUUUCAUUAUUUUUGUUGUUUUUAAUAAAACCGAAUAAAAAUACCAGUGUCACAAGAGUAUUUCUUUUUGAGUUUUUACUUCUGUAUGUGAGUAGAUUGCCUUCAGUUCAAUUAUGCGUGCAUUAAUGCAAUCUCACAAUAAAGUCUCUACAACAAUUGCUCAGUAAAUGCAUGCAAUAAAGGCACAACUGAAGGUGGAAUUUUAUUUAAAACGUAAGCUUGAGGUGUUUGAUUAU